AUGGAGGAAACCCAGUCCUGGUUCCGCCGGAUGGCGAAUGCCGACCUCUUCAACAUGUUGAGUCAGGAGACGGAGGAGGCUGAGUCUUGGUUCCGCCAGUUCGACUGCGACGGGGCACCAGCCAAGCCCUGCGGUACCGCCCUGCCGGACGCCGCCGGUGUUCGGCACCGGCGGCCUGCGGUCGACUGCGACGGAGCACCAGCCAAGCCCUGCGGUACCGCCCUGCCGGACGCCGCCGGUGUUCGGCACCGGCGGCCUGCGGUCGACUGCGACGAGAUACCUACCUUCAGCGGAGACCUGAUGAAGUGGCGCUCGUUCUGGGAGCUGUUCGCCGUCUCCAUACACAGCAACAGCCGGUACAGCAACAUCGAGAAGUUUGUGGUCCUGAAGUCGCACCUCAGCGGCUCAGCCCAGAAGGCCAUCGACGGCAUCCCUGUGACUGGAGACGGAUAUCUUGCCGCCAUCGACAUCCUCAAGAGGAGGUUCCAGAGAGAGGACAUCGAGAGGGAGACUCUGAUGAGACGUCUCUUUGAUGCACCUGCCGUCCACAACGGGAACGACCUGAGCGCCAUGCGGAACCUCGUAGACCACCUGUCUGCCCACACGCGUGCUCUGGCCACCCUCGGAGUGAACCCCGACAGCUGUUCCAUUCUGCUUCUUCCAGUCAUGAAGGAGAAGCUUCCUCAGGACUGGCGACUGGAGUGGGUUCGACAGGAACAGCCCAGCUACGAGCACCUGCUGCUGUUUCUGGAAAGGGAGCUGGCACUCCGAGAAACCGUCCGAGCCCCCAGCCCACCCCCCAAGUCCAGCGACACCAUCCUCAUCUCCUUCCACAGCUUCUGCCCUGUCCAUCCAGCGGCAGACACCGGCGAAACAGGCCAAAUCAUGGACCUGUGA